GUAUACACUCAUUGUCUUGUUUUUUUUUUUUCUCCAAUAGCCAUACCCAAAGGAGUCCUCAUGGCUUUGGUUUCACAUUUAUGUGUGUGUGAUUAUGACUUUAACUCAUUACCUUGCCUUCUUUCUCCAAUUCUCCUCUUAUUUCCUUUCUUUCUUUCUUUCUUUCUUUCUUGUUGGUCUUCUGCAUAUUAUAUAUACAUAUAUAUUCUUAGUGUUGCUAUACUUAAUUGAUUCUUGAUGAGUAUGGGAGAUUCAUUUGAUGAAGAGUGUGAUUAUUUAUUCAAGGCAGUUCUUGUUGGAGACUCAGCUGUGGGAAAAUCAAACCUCUUAUCAAGAUUUGCUAGAGAUCAAUUUCAGCUGGAUUCUAAGCCAACCAUAGGUGUGGAAUUUGCUUACAGAAAUAUUAGAGUUGGUGAUAAACUCAUCAAGGCUCAAAUAUGGGACACUGCUGGACAAGAAAGGUUUAGAGCCAUAACAAGUUCAUAUUACCGUGGAGCUCUUGGUGCAUUACUCGUCUACGACAUAACAAGAAAGACAACAUUCGAAAAUAUAAGAAAAUGGCUGCAUGAACUCAGAGAAUAUGGCAACUCAGACAUGGUAAUUGUUCUUGUUGGUAACAAAUCUGAUUUGUCCAAUACUGCAAGAGAAGUAAAUAUUGAAGAUGGACAAAGCCUUGCACAAUUAGAAGGAUUAUCUUUUUUGGAAACAUCAGCUAGGGAAAAUUUGAAUGUGGAAGAAGCAUUUCUUCAAAUGAUCAACAAAAUUCAUGAAACUAUAAGCCAAAAGAGCUUAGAAGCAAAAAUGAAUGAAGCAACUACACCAAAGUCACUUCAUGAAGGGAAAAAAUUGGAAAUUAUUAACAUGAUGGAUAAUGAAGUAACGGCCACUAAGCAAAAUGUUAAUUGUUGUUUAUACUGAAUUUACUAAUUACUUGUAAUUUCUUUGACGUAUUUUAUAGUUGGAGAAAGAAAGGGAUCACACUUUAAUUA